GUGCGGUUCAAGGCUUUGUUUGUGUGGGCGUCAGCGACGAUGAGGAUGGCGAGGGGUGUGCUGCUGCCGCCCGUCGCACUGCUGGUGCUAGUAAUGAUGAUGGCAGCGAUGCCGUCACCAUCAGCAGUCAGCUCAAUGGCUCUGGCGCAAUCCACACCUUCAGCGGAUGAUGACUUGGGCGAGGCGCCGGACAUGUACGGGGAUGACGAUGACGCGCUCGGAGAAGCACCCGACAUGUAUGGGGAUGACGACGAUGGUGGCGAUCGCCAAGGUGCCUCCUCAUCAUCGUCAUCGUCACCUGCGCAAAGCACAGCUGGCGGCGGUGCGUCACAGCCGCCAACACCGACAGCCACAACCACAGCCACAACGACCACGGCUAUGGGAGACCAGUGCGGCGCGUCCAUGCUGGGCACGCGGUUUGACCCUGUCAACCUUAUUCAACGUGUGCCAAACGCCACUCAGGAAACGGACUGCUGCCGCGCCUGCCAGUCCUUUCAGCUGUGUCGUGGGUGGUCUUUCAACUCGGACACGAGCGAAUGCGAGCUGUUCUCGCAGGCUGUGGAUGGCCCCAUCCCGGACGGCACAAGUGCGUUUGACUGGUCCUCUGGCGCUGUGACGCCAACCACACCGACAUCCUACCACUGCUCUGACGACACCAACUGCGCAGACUGCAGGUCGUCGGUGGGAACAUGCACGCGCUGCACAGAGUUCCACUAUCUGUUGGCGGGCCAGUGUGUACCUGACUGUGUUGCACACGGCUACAUCAACUUUGGGGAACGCAAGCGUGGCCGUGAGUGUGUGAUUCCAUUCACAUGCACCGGUCCCGAUUGCGAGUGCCCCAGCUCUUCCUUUGGCAAAUACUGUGAAGAGUGCCGCGUCGAAUACGGAGGGGCAUCACAUUGCGUCCAGUGCAGAGACGACCGAUACCUUGUUGAUGGCAAAUGCAGACUGGAGAUUGUGUGCCGUGGAUACCGGUUUGAGGAAUUCCCAGACACCUACUGCAAUUGUUUCACGGAGGAGAACCAACACAACUGCUUCCGCUGCUACCACCGAGGCGGAUUCGGUGCCGCCCAGCCAGACAUUCGCUGUGUGCGCUGUCGUAAUGCACUCUACUUCAACCGCGACACCAGCCUCUGUGGUGGGCCCGAAGACUGCCCGAGUGGAACUGUGCCGACCAACAGCGGAGGAUAUGGCCGAGAGUGCCUACCUCCUUCACUCUGUGCUCAAUACACACACGAGGCGAGCGGAAGGCGGUGCCGGUGUCCAGAUCCCAUCAACUGCCACACGUGCUAUUUUGGUGAAAGCGGAUCAGAGUGCCGGCUGUGUCGUAACAGCUUGUACCUGUACCAGGGCGAGUGUGUUUCGUCGUGCCCAUCUACGACUGCGCAUGCAAACACGCGUGGCGAUUAUAACCGCAAGUGCACGCCAGCAUUUACGUGCACGGACGAUGUAUCGUCCCUGGACGCCUCGCAAUGCGUGUGUCCGGAUUACAACUGUGUCUCCUGCACAUACGACAUUGGCAACGCGCCCGGCGAGUCGACCUGUUUGCAGUGCCGAUCAGGCUAUGCGCUCAACCAGACAACUGGCGCGUGCGAGCAGACAUGACGGGGAGCCAUGAAGAGGGAAAUGCCUCGUCUGAUGUAUGAAGAUAUUGGUUGAUGUGACCACUGAGGAAGCUGGUGACACUGUGACAUCUUAUCCGCGUUGCGUGCAAGCAUCUGCCUCAUCCGUUCUCUCCAAAUCCUCUCUCUUCGAACUUUUUGUCACGUUAAUCCAUCUUUGCUUGCUCAUGUUCCCUUGGGCGUUGCUCGCUUUUAUGUUGCAGUUGCUGUUUUUCCUAAUUGCUGUGAAUAGGAAUGGAUGACACUGUA